AUGUUCCGACACAUUACACUUUAUCAUCAAAAUGAACCGCAUUAUGAAAUUACAUGUGAUUUGCACAGUACAUGUGGUAUUUUAUAUCGAAAUUAUUUGGCAUAUAAAUCACAUAUAUAUCGAAAGCACUUAACUGAACUUCAUUCAGCAGAAAAACACAAUAACAGUACAAUUCCGAAUGAUAAUCAACUAAAAGAAAAUACAAGUUUUGAUAUUGAUGCUAACCGAAUGAAUGCUGAUGACAACGAUCCAUUAGAUUUUGUCAAUGAUGAUCCAGAAUUAAUCUCAUCAAAAGAUUACUUAUAUAAUGACACAUCAUCAUUUAAUUCAAUUGAUAAUAAUGAAGAAACUAUAGGUUCAAUAGAUGAUAUUAAAAAAUCAUAUGUUUUAUUUAUUCUACAAUUACGUGAAGAAUUUUUAUUACCGAAAAAUGUCAUGAAUGUUAUUUCGAGUUACUUUACAACAUUAAUACAUCGUAUUCAAAUUUUAUCAGGAAAAAAAACUUUCAAUUGUUCUAUAGAUAGUCAUUCAUCUGAUUUACCAUCUUCUCGAAAUAGAAAUAAAAAAGCUAUUGAAUUUGAUCAAUUAGAACAUCUAUUCGAUGAUAUACGCAAUGCAACUGAAUCCAUAACUAAAAAUGAAUAUCAAUUUGUAAGACAUUGUGAGAAAUAUUUUGGCUAUAGUGCAGUUCAAGAAAUUGUUGUAUCAUCUGCUGGUGAAGCUGCUGACUGUGGAUAUUUUAUCCCUAUUGACAAAACAUUAUCUUCAAUGUUGAAUUCUCAACCACUAGCUCUUAAAAUUCUUGAAAAUAUUCGCCACCAACAAUCAGUAACGGAUUUCGAUGCUGAUUUGAUGUUUUCAAUUAGAGAUGGUUAUCAUGGUUUAAGAUUAGAUAAUGAUCAUCUAUUAAUUCAAUUAUAUCUUGAUGAUAUUGGCUUAACAAAUCCUUUAGGAUCAAAACGUGAUCGACACAAGAUGUCCAUGAUUUACUUUACACUUGAAGACAUACCAGAUCAAUAUCGAUCAAAACUCGAUUUUAUUCAGUUGGUUGGUGUUUGUGAAAGUAGAAUUCUAAAAGCAAAACGCUUCUUUCAACCAAUUAUCGACAAUUUAAAUGAAUUACAACUUAAUGGUCUUGUGCUUAAUGGUAUUCAUUUUAAAUUUACAUUCUCAACUGUCGUUGCAGAUAAUCUGGCAGCUAACUGGUUAGGUGGUUUUCAAUCUUGUUUUAAUAGCGGCUAUUUUUGUCGAAGGUGCUAUAUUAAUUAUGCAGACAAGAGUUUGCCAAUUCCUUUAUCACAAAUUAAAAGUCGAACGAUGACUGAUCAUGAUGAAUUAGUUGAAAAGAUUUCAAAUGAACCUAAUAAAUCACCUUUGAUGGGCGUGAUCCGUCAAAGUCCAUUACAUGAUCUUAUUAAUUUUCAUUCAACAACAGCUUUACCUGGCGAUUGUAUGCACGAUUUUCUUGAGGGGAUUUGUCCGAUGGUAAUAAUGUAUCUAUUAAAACAAGCUUCAUCAAUGCGUCUUAUAACACAUGCCCGUAUUCAAGAACGUAUGACCAAUUUUAAAUACGGAUAUUUUGACACCACCAAUCGACCACCACCUAUUCAAGUGAAGCACUUACAAAAUGAACGUAUCGUUGCGACGGCUGCUCAAAAAUUGUGUAUUUUUAAACUUUUUCCUAUCAUUUUUCACGAUAUAAUUGGUCAAUUACCAUCAUUUAUUGUUUACAAAAUUCUACGUGAAAUAUUAGAUCUAGUUUUAUCAUACCCAUUCAGAAAAAAAUGGUUGCCUGUACUUGGUGAAUUAUGUGAUACAUUUCAUCAAACGAUGUUAAUACAUUUUCCAAAUAAAAUUGUGCCAAAAGCUCAUUUUAUUCGUGAAUAUGAGCAAAUAAUACAUGACUAUGGUCCAGCUACUCGCCAAUGGUGUUUCAGAUAUGAAGCAUGUCAUGCUUAUUUCAAAAAACUUGCAACAAGAACAAAUAAUUUCAAGAAUACACCGAAAAUGCUUGCAACACACUUUCGUCUCAAGCAAUGUUUGAAAUUCACCCGUUUAUCCCGACUUAAAAGUUUUUACUACUCUGUAGGUAUAAAAAAAAUUACAAACUCAUCUUUUAAUAUGUCAAUGAAAAGUAUUUUACUCAAUCAUUUUGGUUAUAUUAAUUUGGACAAUGAUUUAUUUCAAUGUAAUAAAUUAAUUAAUGAAAACAUCGAAUAUUGCCGAUCAGCUAUAUAUGUAAUCAACUUGAGAAGUGAUAAUGAACAACCAUUAUUUGCCCAAGUAAUUUUUAUUCUUAAAAUGAAUGAAAAAUGGUGGUUAUUGGUAGACUUACUUAAUACUGUAUCCUUCGAUGAAGAUUUAUUUGCUUGGGAAAUCAAAAAAACAUUUUUAAAAUCAUCAUUUCACCAAAAUAUAACUAUUUUUAUUUAUCUUUUAGAAUAUGAUAUUGAUGGUAUGACUCUCAAAAUGAUGAACAAUGUCGAGAGAAUUUCAACAGUAAUACCGAAAUUUAAACAACAAUUAAUCUUUUUAGAAGAACGAGAAAAAUUAUUUAAACAAAAUCAUGAUAUUUUAACUGAAUGUGCUGAUUCAUCAUCUAUUAUUACAACAAAUUCUCAACCAUCAUCUGUUAUUACAACAAAUUCUCAACUAUCAACUAUUGUUACAACAAAUUCUCAUUCAUCAACUUUUGCUACUGAAUCAUCAGCUGAUUGUUUACCAAAAUCAUUUACUAAUAAUUCAACAUAUAAUCAAUGUGAUAAUAGUGCAAAUACUGAUAUACCUUUUCCAGAUGAAUAUAGUAUUCCAUUAUUACCAAAUGCUAUGAUUCAAGAUAUUGAAGAUGGAGCUUUACAUAAAUUUGGUCCACAUUAUACAAAUCGUCAAAUUCUUAUUGAUGCUAUUAGUUAUGAUCUCAUCGAAAAAUAUAAACUUUUUUAUCCAUCACUAACACAAUUUGAUAAAAUUGGUAAUGCAAUUGUCAAGUUUUUAAAACUACCUUUAACAAAAGAAAAUAUCACAAUAUGGAAAGAUGCAUUACAAACAAAAUUAAAACGUAAACGUACUGAAAAUUUAGAUAAUAUUAUUGUUCAAGAUUAUCGUUUAAAAUACUCACGACCAGGAUCUGGACGUCCUGUUAAACGAAGACUUGAUGAAACAGCACAAAGAGAUCGAUAUAAACAAAUGAUGAUUACACCAUAUAACGACGAAAUGUCAUUUGAUUUUCAAACAAAAGCAAAUCAAUUACGAGAUAUAUCUCAAAUUGAUGUUCAUACUCAAUUAAAAUUAUGGAAAGAAACGCUUCAUUUUCGUCGUCAUUCCAUAAGAAAUCGAUCAACAGCAGACAUUCUCAAAGAUUUUUCUGGUUAUUCAAGUUCGUUGCUGGUGUUUGAAGAGAUCAAACUAUUGAUGAAAAUUGAUUUAGCUGCAGCAGUACGACGACAAGUACCUGCAUUACUCAACAAAAUGCUUCCAACACCAGCAUUUAUUACAGAUUCACCUCCAAUUCGAUUGAUGAAAAUCUUAUGUAGGGAAUUUGGUGAAACAAUUCAACAUAUAUUUUGUGAUAAUGAACCACCAACACCAUAUCCAACAUUAGUUUGUAUUAAUGACGUUAUUCAUGUUUAUGUGGAUUUCAAUUCUAUUCUUUCAACAAAUUCACCCGAUGAUGCAAUUGCACUUCUAAUUGCCAUGUACACAAUAUUUGAAUUAACAUUUGAUAAAAAAAGUCGAACAAUUCGACUUCUUUAUGCAGCAUUGCACGCUGAAACAAGAUAUUUAACUAAUUCUGUUCGUAUCUUGAUCAAAGAAAAAAAUAUAGACAUUUAUGCUGAGCAAAAACAUUUGCAACAGCAACAUCAAAUAAUACCGAAUUCUCCAUCAAAUGAUUCAACAACGUUUACAGAUGAAUCCGAACGACAAUCACAAUUUGCAAAAAAUUCACCAAGUGAUUCUUCAGUCCAAGGUAAUUCUCUUGUUUUGAGUCAAUUAUCAGAAACGAAAUCUUCAAAUGAUAAUCAUAAUUUCAUUUCAAAUGCACCGGUUGAUACAAUUGAAAUUAGUAACAACAUCGAAGACACAUCAUCAUCCGACUUCAACUCACAACGAAAAAAACAAAAAAAGAACUCAAUAUCGGAUAAUCAGAAUUUCACAUGUUUGACUAAUGCUGAAACAAAUGAUAAUCAGUUUACACCUACAAAUUCCAUUCCACUCAAUAAUCUAACUAAUUCGAAUUUCAUUUCAAGACCAAAACGAAAACGAAGAUUGUAA